AUGCGUACCAACUCGCAAGUUUUUAAGUUCGGUAUACCACUUAUUGUUGUAAGUGUGCUCGUUGGAGUUGCAAUGAUUCUGGCCAUCACUCUCUCCGGGAAACCGAGAACAAAAGGUGAGUUACGCAAGUGUACGUCGAGAUAAUGCCAGGUAUUUACUUACGCUGCUUAUGGACCUACCUUUAACGAAGCGUUACCUCUGCCCGGGGAAAUUGCACACUAGCUUUAUUUUCUCACAGUUCAGAGACUUGUAAAGAGUCUCUGAAUGAGCAACAUUGACGAGAAAUUAUCUUGUAAGGUGCAUACCCUCAACGGUCCCUCCCCACCCUUGUAAUUUUAUGUGAGUGUGGGUGUGUGUUUCCCUUUAUUUUAUAAGUCUUGGAAGCAGGUUUGUUGUGACUUUGCUUUGUAGUUCGAUAGAUCUGAAUUAAAGACACAGCAAAUGCAACAUGACGUAUUUUUGAGGGCGAGCUAAGAUUCGGAUUGUUUUCUCAAACUGUGAACACGAUCAAAACACCCCCUAGCUAAUCCGUAUAAAAUGUUUCACUGCUUCAAACUAAAUUUUGUUGUUUGUCAACCGGGUCCAUUUUGCUCGGAGCGUCUCAAUCCCUUCAUAAAACUAUGACAGUUUAAGUGUUAUUUUUAAAAUGUUCGGUUGAGCAAACAGUUUCUAAAAUAUUUGGGUUAUGAAAAGAUGGUUACAUUGUUGAUGGUUAUGCACAACUGGCGCUGAACGGAGUUAAUUUCUUUAGAUUUACCUGAGAGUAACAAUCCGUCUUCGCGUCUUAUCUUGUUUCAUAUCUGAUCUGGUGGCAUGGCCUCUAUCGUAAUGUAUUUUAAUCUCUCUUAGAAUAGUUAAGCAAACAAAAUCUCAUUUAUUUACCUCAGUGUUACCACGGCCACACACAGUUGCGCCAGUAUGGUCAUGUAACGCCAAAUGUCACACAACGCUUUUACACACGGUUAAGUUACACUUAAGCCUUGAGAUCCUUUUCAUUUCAAGUGUAAAAAGAAUGGUUCGAUUUCGAUGGAAAUUCUUAGCAAUCGACCCAGAAGAAUGAAGUUUAGUAAUUAUUUUUAAGCUAAAUGGAAUCUAGUUUUCAGUUUAAACAAGAUAUUGAAAAGUCGUUUUCAAGAGAGCUCUCUGCGUCAAUGUGCGGCGUAAGGACUGGCCUGCUUGGUUUCGCAGUUUGCGUUGUAACCAGACAACGACUGCUAAAAAGACUGUCCCAAUGUUAUCCAGUUUAGAAUAAAAAUUUUGAAAGUUUUUGCAUCUUAUAUAUAUAUAUAUUUUUUGGCAGCCACUGAGACACCCAGCGGAGGAUCAGAAACUCUCAAGAAGAAGUUCGGAUUUGACGACAUUUUCAACAGCUACUACUCUUACUCCACAUUUCCUGUCCGAUGGAAGACAGGUGAGUGCAAAAAAGCCACGUUAAUUGUGCUACAAAACGAUUCAGGAGGCACUCACGUUAAAGAUUGUAAAGAGGAUCAAAGGCGUUGGCGAGAAGUUUUAGUCGGGAGAGAUAUUACAUUAGUGUCUUUAGGGACGUACCUCGUUGUUUUAGUACGGAGUGGGGUAGCAUAAACACCAGAUCUCUCCCUCCCUGGAAGGGUUCUUGAGACCUAGAAACUGAAUAGAAAAUUGGAGGAAGAAGGGAAACAUGAGGUGCAAACCUGAGCCAAAUAACUGUGGGAAAUAGCGCAACUCAAUAAGGUAUUGGUUUGGAACAGAUCUGUUCAUAUCUUCUUCUGCUUCUCGCUUCAAAUACACAACUGUCUUUACAACUAAAAGCUUUAUUUUUUUAUGUCCCUCCUUUCAAAUUUUUCCUUAAAUAUUAAAUAAAUUGUUAAAAAAAGAAAUUUCACGCUUCCCAUCUCUCUCUCUUUCAUUUCCUUCUUCCCAUUUCCUUCCUACUCUGGCUAUUUUUUCUGCCACUUUUCAACCCAAUUUUUGAAAAGUUUUUCGCUGAACGUGCCAUGAUGCAAAAAUUACACCUGCGUUUACUCUAUGUUCAAAAGCUCAUUAAAGUUUCUUUCGCUUCUUUCUACAUCAUCUAGAAUAUAAACUUCUGAUGAAUUCAUUUGUUUCCUCAGACGACGUGUAUAUCCGAUAUUCUGGGGGCAAUUUGACUGAGACUAAUCUUUUAAGAAACGACACGGUACCUUUUUCUGAUUUUAAAAAAAUAUUGGUAAGUACACAUAACUAGCUAGUUUCCGUUCCUUCUAACAUUUUUACCUGUUACAAUAAUUGUUGAAAGUCUAUAUCUAAGGCGUUUCCUCCCUACCAAAACGGCCUGUGAUGAACAUGUCACGCAAGGAGAAAAGUAUACCUUGUCACACAACGUCUCGAAAAAGGUGACUAUACUUUCUGUCAAGCUGUCACGUACCCAGUUAUUUACGAGGAAGAACUCAAUUUACCUUCUAUUAACUAUUUCAGUUUGGUUUGAUGUUGCAAGAGGGCAAAUGUGAAUCACUUAAGUUGUUUAUUUUUUCUCAUGAUAGGAUAAUUUCAACGUUUCUAAUUAUUGGAUUUCGUCUAAUGGAAAAUGGGUUCUUUUGGCUUCCAACAAGAGAAAGGUAUAACCCAUAAAAUAUCAUGUAUUUCUUUUUCGUCCUCAAUCGAUCGGAUGAUUAAAUGGGUCCGUGAUUUGCAGCGGUUUCGCGUGCGGCACAAGCUUUACUCUUUUUAUAAAAACUCGAGAAAGGAAAACUCUCCCUACGCCAAAAAGUCACUUACGUAGGCUGUUAUUAUCGUUCACCGAGUUUGCAUAACUCUCGUAUCUCAGAUACAAGAGAGUUAUACAAGAGGUUCUAAAUUUGGGUUUAUGCUCGAGCAGAUCCCAGAUGACACAGGCUACCAACUUAGGGCGACUUGUAGAACUUUGUCUUUUCAAGAGAUUUGAAGGGCUACACACCACAGACUUUUGAGAUCAGAGCCUUCAGACGAUCAGCAAUUCAGUUAACAGUACAGCUUUGAGCCUUAUCCAUGCGUAAAAGCAGGUUAAAUGACUUACUCCCAUGAUACCCGGAGUACGGUGUAGCUCGCCAACGAUUUCCAUGUAGCUUAGUAGGGCAUCUAACCGUAAGGGGCUUCGAGUUCACACAGGACUCCCAAAGUUUUAUUCGUCCCACGCUCGAGACAACUUUGAAUAUUAUCCUUUAGAAAUGCAACCAUCACUGUUCUUCGCCCCACGCUUGAGACAACUUUUAAUAUUUUACUUUAGAAAUACAACCGUCACCUUUCAAGAAACUAGUUUAACUUGGCUUUCAGGCGAAAGAGUAAAAUAUAUUUUAAUGUUUUUCUUUCAGUUGUAUCGGAGAUCUUUUUUCGCUGAUUACUAUGUGCACAACUUUGAAAAGGGGUUUGUAGAGAAAUUUUUUUUAACAAUUGUUUAUGAUGGAAAACAGAUCCAAAAACUAUCAUCUUUCGUUAUGUCCUCUUAGUUUUAACUUUUCAUUCCAGUUUAGAGACAUUAGGAAAAAGCUUUGUAACUGGAAUUCCAAAGUACCAUGUUUUCUUAAGAACAUAAUAAGAAAUUUGACUAUGAUCCCUAUUCUUAGUUAACGCCACUUAGUUCAGUUUUGUCUAUCUUCGUUUCAGAUCAACUUUUCGAGUUAUACCACCUGACCCAAAUAAACAGAUUCAGUUAGCUAUAUGGGGAAACAAUGACACCUCUAUAGUAAGUAAUCUCUAAAGAAUUCUACGCCGUCCCUUAGAGAACUUAAAAGUAACAAAAUGCAACAGAAUCACUUAAUUUGUGUGCGUAUAGCUCGAACUUGUCUUACCUAUUUCGUGCCAUUUCUAAAAGAACAGCGGAAACUAAGAUGACUUCUUUCAGGCCCAUAAUUCCUGUAAGUUAUUGAUGUAUCACGAAAGCCUACUGCUCCCAGCAUUGAUCUGUUCAACCACCUCAUGUUUCCCGUAAAUUCGGUGUCGCAAUAAUUUUAGCGUCGUUUAUUAGAGUUUUACACUGUUAAUUUUCCUAACCGGCACUUAUACACCAAUUUACCCCCUUUAAUGGUAAGAACCUCUAUCCCCACCCUUCUCUCCAAUCUUUUUAUCAGAAAUUGGCACUCCUGAGAAGGAGAGGGGGGUCGGAAGAUUGUCUGACACUCUCAAUUUUAUAAUACUUCUCGCAAUUUUCUGACUGAAAGGGCUUUGUACAAGAUAAUAAUAUUUACUGGUUGGACAAAAUUGGAGGCACCGUCCAUACCAUAACUGACAACGGAAAAGAGAACGAGCUCUUCAAUGGCGUCCCUGAUUGGGUGUACGAAGGCAAGUAACAUUUGACUGUUUAACACUCGUUCCUGUCUACUUUGUAGUGGUCUGUGUAAGUUUCUCCAUAAUGAGCAUUACAUAGAGCGGUGUCGACGUUGACUUCAAGUUCUCGUGAACUUUCCUAAAGACACCUUCUUAACUUUCAUUCAUAGAGGACGUUACGUCCACAAAUGUAGCCAUGUGGUUCUCCCCGGACGGCCGAUACCUGACUUACGCACAGUCUAAUGAUACUCAAGUGAAGUGGUUUUCUUACCUGUGGUACGGUAAAUACUCUGAUAUGUACACCACAGUGAAGAAGAUAGCUUACCCCAAACCUGGCUCACCAAAUCCCGUUGUAAAAAUCAAAAUGGUGGACUUGAACAAGCUGCCAUCGAAUAAAAGCCAAGUACCUGAUACCAUGGACUUAAAUCCACCAGCUGAUUUUACAAACGUGUGAGUGCUUCAUUGCUUGUUACGAACAACUACGUGAGAUUUGUAGGUAUAUGAUGUGAGAGAUGAGAUGUGAGAUAUGAGAUAUGAGAUUUCAGCUUUGAGAUAUGAGCUUUGAGAUAUGUGAUAUGAGAUGUGAGAUGUGAGAUGUGAGAUAUGAGAUGUGAGGUGUGAGGUGUGAGGUGUGAGGUGAGGUGUGAGAAUAUAUACGAGAUACGCGAUACGAGAUAUGAGAUGUGGUGUGAGGUGUGAGAUGUGAGAUGUGGGAUAUUGGAUGUGGGAUGUGCUUCUAUGAGAUAUAAGAUUUGAAAUUUGAACCGUGGAAAAAUGUAGAUACAUGUAUAUUUACGCCGGCUGAAUGGUCAGUACCUACCUAAAGAUGCCCUCUUUCCUCCAUUCAUCCCCAUUCUCCUUAAGCCCCUUCUCUCUUCUCUAACCUUCUGCUCCCUUCUGCAUUUAUUCUAAUUUUCUAUUUAUCCAAGAAAUAUUUGAUCCCAGGAGUAACAUUUGAUCGUGUGCUUUGAUCGUAUGCGAAGAGAGGAGAGAUCUGCGUAGGACUAUUGUCGGUAGUAUUGACUGAAGUUCGACAACUUAAACGGAAGUCAUCAUCACAGUCGUAUGUUUGUCUCUGGGAUAUUCUCAUGUUUGAGUGAUCUUUUUUUUAUCAGAGAACAUUACUACACCAACGUGGGAUGGGCGUCAAAUAAUAAAGUGUUGGUUUGGUGGCUGAACAGAGUUCAGGAUACUUCUAUUGCAUCCAUCUGUGACGCUCCAUCCGGGAACUGCACUGAGGUAACAACAUACAACGCAUUCUCAGAUGAUAUUACGUCUUUAAAUGUAGACAAAUUUUCCGCGUUAUUUCUGCACAAACAAUUGCUGCUUGUUGCACUUGUGAGGCUGUAGAUAAAAACUAUCGGUCAAUGAAUCAAUUCCUAUAUAUUGUGCACGUGAUUAACAUUGCGCCCGGAAAUUUUCUUUCAAGCUAUUUUAUAGCUGUUAUUUCUGUCUUGUUUAAUUUUAUUCUUUCAGAAUCAAAGAACUCAGGUGACAAACGGCUGGGUGGAUACCAAAACAUACCUGGUAGGUCUGUUAGCAUGUAGUGCCAUCAAUGUCGUUGUGAUUUUCUGUAUGAAGGAAUAUUUUCUGAAUGGAAUUACUUUACGCUCCACAAUAAAAAAACAUAAGAUGUGUGAAGUGACUGAUAACUACUAUUAUUUACAGCCCCCGAACCCGUGGUUCUCAAAAGAUGGCUCUUAUUAUGUGACUCUCAUACCUUCACCACAAGGAAACGAUGGAAGCUUCAUUCAUAUGGCAAAAGUCAUGGUCACUGUAAGUACUGAUGAACUUAACCCUUUAAUUCCCAAGAUCUGAUUGUUACUUCUCCCUUCUAGUUACUACACAUUUCGUUGUAAAUUGGUUACGAGAAUUUGGUGUUCGGUCAAGGUAAUAUCCUAUACCUGAUGAGUUUGAGUAUUCUCAUCACCUGUUUGCUGAAUAAUGUAUGGAUAUUGUAGGGAGAAGUUACAUAUUAAUCACUUCUGGGAGUGAAAAGGUUAAAUAGGUUCGGUGAACGGCUGAGAAAUUUAGGGUUGAGCAUGUGCAGUUCUGUAAGGUCUUUCUUACUAAGAAUUCGUUGUGAAUUAAGUGAAAGGUUUUCCUUGGGGAAGGGUUGAAGGGAAGCAACGGAGGCGACAUGGAGAGCCAAGAUUGUCUUACUGGCACUGGUAUUGGUUUUUUUUUUUUUGAAAAGAAAAAGUAAAUACUCCAUAUGGGUCUGUAUCUUCUAACUCGCAGUACUUUAUUGAUUUGAAUUGAUCAAUAUUGAUCAAAUCAGAAGGGAAGAACGCAAGCGUUUUCAUAUAGUUUGUUUGUUUGGUUUUUUUUCCAUUACAUUAACAGCCUUCAGGGAAAGACAACAUCAACUUUCUCACCUUUGGAACAUGGGAAGUUGUCAAAAUUUUGGCGUUUAAGAAAGACACCGAAACAGUGUAAGUCAUUCUUGAAUUCUUCUACUCAUUUCUUUUGUUUCAUGAUCUCUCUCCUUGUUUAUCUCAUUUUAUUUCCUAAUUUCCUCGUUUCAUUACCUACUACAUCGUUUACUUUGUUUCACUGAGUGCUUAAAGAUAUUAAGAACUGCCUCUUCGUUUAUUUUUAUAACAUAUUCGGUCCAUCAUGCACGGCUGGUGAAGUGCCAACUUAGGUUAUUUGGCGAUAGAGAGGAAAAAUUAAUUAUUAUUCUUGGUCGUAAGGUGCAUCCCAUUUCCUUCCCCUCCCACCCCACCCCGCGCACUGAGAGUAGAUUUGUCAUCAACGAAAUUUUAAUUAUGGGGGUUUAUUGAUCGAACUUGGCAUCUCAACCCCGAUUUUUUAGCGCGGGAUUUGAUGAUACUUAUUUUUUUUCUUGAUGGUUCUUAUUUUAAUCCACAGGUAUUUUCAGAGUGCAGAAACAUCGCCUAGAGACAGACAUAUUUACAGGUAGAAGUCAAUAAUUUUUCAAUAUUUUUACAAGUCCUAUGCACUUUUUCAACUCUCGUGUAAUUGAACAAACAACCAAUACUGAUUUAACGGCUGAACUGAAAUUGUUCAUCUGUCUUUCUCCGUCACUCAACAAAACGCUCUCGACCAGCAAAUCGACCCUAGAAGUCAGCAUAUAAACGUCUUUGAACCCAUUACGUGGCAGAGCUCGCCCCAGGUCUCAUCGUAGUCAUCGUAGCCAAGUUUCUGCGCAGCUUUUGCGUCAAUCUAAGCGUAAACACUGAACUUGUUGUAUUCAGUUAAGGUCGUAUCAUCAGUUUAUCAAAUAUCACCGGAAAUCGGCCUGAAUUGCGACAAGAAAGAGAAUGACUAACGUUUGUUUUUUUUUAUCCGUCACUUAACAGCGUGAAUGUAAAAACGAAAGAGAAGAAAUGUCUGUCAUGCUCUUUGCCUUGGGCCGAAAGUAAGUAACUCAUCCAAUUCAAUGCUUAGUAGGGUAUAUAAGGGUUUUUUUUAAUUCAUGGGAAAGAAACGAAAUGUAGAUUUUACCUUAAACAAUCAUUACUUUGCUGACCUAUCAAUGCAUUUGUUUGCUAACCUAAGGGUGCUCUAAGAAAACUCAGUCUUGGUAUCACGGUAUCACAUGCCUAGUCACAAAUCCAGUAUGCAGUAAGUGUAAGCUUGAGCUACAAAAUCGUCAAAAUCCCUUGAAGACAAGCUCAAACAAUUUUCCCUUUCUCUUAAAUCUGGCUAUGUGUUUUUUCUUUUCUUAGAUGGGGACUGCAAAUAUUUUUCAGCGAGCUUUAGUCUCGAAGCCAGCUGGUACAUUCUAACCUGUUACGGUAGGCUCUCAACAAAUGGCUGACUUUCACUUAGAAAUGUUGGAAAAGAAAUCUGCUCCAUGAAUGGUACAAUCAAGAAUAAUUCGGUGAUUUACUUAAGACAGAGUCUGACAGACUGUCUGAAAUAUUCUGGUUUAUGAUAAUGUAGGUACGUUUUUCUUUUCUUUUAUUCCCAGGACCGAAUGUUCCAAGGGUCACUUUACACAAAACCAACUCCUGUGAGUAAAUUCUUUAGUUCUUGUUCAUCAAUUAAGCUAUUGAAAGAUUUCUUAAGGAACUGCCUUCAUUACCUAAGUAUGUGCAACGUUUCUUCUGUAUUUGGUCUGAUAAAAUGUGUUUUCUUUCAGCUACUUGGUACAAAGAUCUAGAGAUGAACAGGGCGUUAGAAAAAAAAAUGUCUGAACUUGCGACACCAAAAAGAAGAAACUUUAAGAUUCCCGCUGGAAAAUACGGUAAGAUUCUGUAUCUGAGUAAUUGCAUACCUACCCCUCCCGUAACUCAACCCUAAAUUGUCAUCUGUUGUUGGGUUAGGGGAGGGGUAGGUGCGCAGCUGCUUAGAUACUAACAUUGAUUCGUCAAACGAACGCACUUCUGUCGAACAGGACUGACCAAAAAAAUUUUGUCGUACACAUUCGCAUAGAUUCUCAGGUGCAGGUGAAAUUUUUCUGUUUAAUUUGAUAUUUCAGCCAUUAUUUGUGUAGGGGUGUUUUGAUAAUGAUUUUCAUUGCUUUGCCUAUUUUUAUUUUUCAGAUUUAUUAGCCACUGAAUUUCUCCCUCCAAACUUUGACGAAAAUAAGAAAUAUGCCGUUCAUUUUGAGGUGUAAGUAAAUUUUUUCUUUAAACUUUGGAUCACUCCAUCACUUAUUUAUGAGGCGUGGAAAUUCUCGCGGGCUUUAACCUAAUUCAGUUCAAUCUGUUUUGUAAAUAGCUCUCAAAUAUUUAUAUUUUUGUCUCUGUUAGGUAUGGAGGUCCUGGAUCACAAAGGGUUUGUUUCAAGCAACUAUUUGAAAUCAUUUUUUUCUGGGAAGUUGUGGAUAAAUCGUGCCUGUGGAAACGAGAAACGAAAUGUCUUAUCUAAUAACACCACUCUGUAGCCUGAGCGAGGUCUUGAACCCAGACCGCGCAGUCUGAAGUCUUCCCAAGCGUAGCGUUAGGUUUCUGCGCUAUUACAGUCUUGAUUUAUUGGUACGAAUUUAUUUUUCGUGUUUCAGGUUACUGAGCUGUUUUUAAGACAAGUUGGCUGGAUUGCCUACUUGGUCAGUAACUUUGAUAUUAUUGUGGUAAUGGUGGACGGGCGAGGGACUGGGAAUAGAGGCGAAAGGUAAGUGAAAGUUAGUGAAAUACUGAUAUCAUUAUCAUUAUCACCUGACUUCAUCAUCCUCGUAUUCUUCAUGUGCUCUUCUUUUUUGUGUGUCUGAUUCUUCAUUCUUCUCCUCUUCAUCUUCCUCGAUGUCACCGUCGUUGCCGUCCUCGGGGUCUUCAUCAUUACAACUCUAGCUCGUCAUCUUGAUUGCUGUCCUCGUCAUUCAUCUUCCUCUUCAUUUUCCUCCUCGUUUUCUUCAUUAACAUUUCCAUCAUCGUCGUCAACCUCAUCGUCAGAAUCAGGUAAAGAUCAUUCUUUUCCUUCUCUUUUUCCUUCUCCCACACAUCCUUUACUUCCCGUCUCCCUCAUCAACUCUAUCAACAUCAGUGACAACUUUUCAUUAACUUCCCUUCUUCAUCUUCAUUCACAAUUUACUACUGUCGUCAUGAUCAGCCGGUAAGCAAUUUACUAAAAAAAAGUUUGCUCUGUUCUAGUUUCAAACAAGCUGUUUACAAGUUACUGGGAGAAUAUGAAGCGCAAGAUGUCAUCACGGCUGGACGGUAAGACGCUGAACAAAGCCAACUUCUAUCUUGUUGCUGACAAACAAAACCAACUUAUACUUUGUUUCCUUACACAGGUACAUGCAGGAGAAGAAGUACGUCGAUCCAAAAAAACUGUCUGUCUGGGGCUGGGUUGGUAUUUACGAGCUAUUUCUUGUACAACGAUCGAUUAACCUUUACGUAUUAACAAAGAAAACGUUUGAGGUCGUUCUCUCCGAUAGCCUUUACAGAUUAAUCUUCUAGUUGCUUUUUCCUUAGUCCUUUGGCGGCUUUUUGACAAGUUACGUCCUUAGCAAGAAUUCCGGUGUAUUUAAGUGUGGGAUUGCUGUGGCACCUGUCACGGACUGGAGAUACUAUGGUAAGGAAACGUCGUUUGCGUGACCGAAACUACGUCACAGAAGGAAACUAAAUGUUACUUUCCUGCAAACCUUUGGUGUGGUGUAUUUUAUAGAUUCAGCUUACACCGAGCGCUACAUGGGUGUCCCAAAGGAUAACGAAGCCGGCUACAGAGUAAGUUUUAUGACAGUCUUUGAUCAUUUCUCUCUAGGUUGAAUUUAAAAGUACUCUCCAGAGAAAACCAAAUUGAGAAAUGAUUUGCGUAUUAGGUAUGAUUUAACUUCACCAAAGCGCAAAUUUAUGCUGUUAUAUCGUCUUCUAGAGGCAGAGAGGGAAGCUAUGAAUAGUUUAAAAGUAGUAACAUAUGUUUGCAGAAAACAAGAGCUAAUCGUCGAUUUAUAAUCUUGAUAUUUCUUAGAACACAUCGCUACUCAACAGGGCUGCUCAAUUUUCCAAUGUAGACUACCUCAUAAUCCACGGUGCUGCGGAUGGUAAGGAUGUGAUAACUAUAAUGCUUUUGAUUUGUGCAAUUCAGUUAAAAAUCCGUAAGGGCCAAUGAACUGAAGUCAGCCUUCCAUUAGAUACAACUAGUUACGAGUGUUGAAGGACAACAUCUUUGUCAAUCGCAAUGACCUGUUUAAGAGCUUGUACACCAUAGCAUCUUAAAUUUCAUUUUUUUUGGUGUGGCUCACCGUGUUUUGUAGAUGGAUACGUAAGUAAUAAGUGAAUUGUGAAUUUUUCUGUUUCUCACUUAUUUUUUGGUUGUUUGUAUUUUUUUUGUUUUCAUAUAUAGACAAUGUCCAUUACCAGCACACAGCACAGAUGGUAAGAGCACUUACUGAAGCAGAGGUCAAGUUCAGAGUUCAGGUGAGACCUGUGCUUAACUCUGUGGGCGCCGGAGGAGACAGAAAGUGCGCGGCACACUUUCGGUUCCCUCCGUGGUACCCCUGCUAAGUCGUCGUCCCCAGCCGCGAGCAUUUCGUUGCGCCCACGAUCUUCUCGACACAGGAAUGCGGAUGCACCGAUUUCUGUGACAAGGGAUCGAGACUAGAGGCACUACAGAAGUGUACAUAUCAGAAGAAGCAGAUCUUGUGGUUUUGUGGAACUGACGAUUUCGUAAAUGACUUUAUCUGCCUCUCUAACGUUCGGUAGCUAAGAAGCAGCAUUGAUCAGGUUUCAGCCCCACCCUGGAUGAGGUGCUUGUUCACCUCAGUUAGCCUCUCGCUCUCGCUCUCGCCCACUCCCCCCAUAUUUUACACUCUUAGAAGAAAAAAAUGCAACGUCAGUGUUAGUAUGUUGCAAAACAAUACCGACCCUAGGGCGAAAUGCUCUCCCUCUUUCCGUGUUGUGUUCUGCAGUGAAUCGCCAUGACUUCGUUUCAUGUCUUCUUUCCGCAGUAUUACACCGAUAAGGAUCACGGGAUAGUUGGAUUUCAUACGCGGCGCCAUCUUUAUCGCCUCAUGACGAAUUUCCUCACCAGAAGCCUGGGUCUCAACCAAUCAAAGUAGUAGUUUUUCCUUAUAAUCAUCUACAACUUUUUUCUUUUCCAGUCAUUCUAUCAAAACACGCCUUUAUCUGGAUCAGUUUUAUGAUCGUCCAAGAUUUUAAUUUGGAAACAAAUCAAUCGUGAUUGCAGUCAAAGUAUAGGGUUCACAUUGUGCCUCAUUACUCGAUAUAAUUUGCACAAGUUGGUAUACGCAAAUGAACAAAGAUUGUAAAGAUUAUAACGAUAAGAUUUAUCGCCAGCCAUCCUGCCAAUCUUAUAUCACUCGAAAAAGAGAAGAUACGAAAAUGUAAGCACGUGCGUUACUUCAAAUUCAUUCACGUACAACAAGAUGUAAAACAAUAGUUUUUUAUUCUUUUUUAUAGAAACUCCCUUUUUUGUCGAUAAAAGAAACCGCUACAUAGAUAACAUACGAC